AUGGAACCAGCAAAUCUGACCUCUCAGAGCUUUCUCUCUGCAAUUCAGAACAACACCAGCAGCCUCUUCCUGGGGCUCCAGCUUGUCCAGUUCUUCAAGCCUCUCAUUAUUCCUUGCUACUCUCUGGUGGUCUUUGUUGGCGUCAUUGGGAAUUAUCUCCUUAUUUAUGUUAUCUGCAAGACUAAAAAAAUGCACAAUGUCACCAAUUUCCUCGUGGGCAACUUGGCAUUCUCAGACAUGCUCAUGUGCGCCACAUGUGUGCCGCUGACAUUGGCGUAUGCCUUUGAACCCAGAGGGUGGAUCUAUGGACGCUUCAUGUGUUACUUUGUGUUCCUGAUGCAGCCGGUCACCGUAUUUGUGUCUGUUUUCACAUUGACUGUCAUUGCUGUAGACAGGUACUUUGCCAUGGUUUAUCCCCUGCGGAGGAGACUGACCAUAUCCAUCUGUGUGUAUAUCCUGGGUGCCAUUUGGAUGUUGAGUUGCAUACUAGCUGCCCCAGCCUUGGUCCGUACUUACCAUGCAGAAUUUCCAGAGCUGGACUUCUCCAUCUGUGAAGAAUUUUGGUUCCACAGGAAGAGGGAUCGCUUAGCUUAUGCCUACAGCACCCUCAUCCUCACCUAUGUUCUGCCCUUAACGGUCAUCUCCGUCUCCUACCUGAGGAUCUCAGUCAAGCUGAAAAACCGAGUUGUUCCUGGCAAUGUUACCCAGAGCCAAGCUGAGUGCGACCGAGUUAAGCGGAGGAAGACUUUUCGUCUGCUCGUCUUGGUGGUCACGGCCUUUGGAGUUUGCUGGCUGCCACUGCAUCUCUUCAAUGUCAUCAAAGACGUCGAGAUCAGACUGAUAGACAAGCAAUACUUCAACCUUAUUCAGCUGAUUUGCCAUUGGUUUGCAAUGAUGUCUGCUUGCACAAAUGCCUUCCUUUAUGCCUGGCUACAUGAUCGGUUUAGGGGGCAGCUGAUGAAAAUGUUUGCUUGGAGGCAGAAAAGGACAGCACCUGCCACAAACUGCAUUGCGGCUAGCGUGGCUUUGUAA